CGGUAGAUUAGGGCAGCGGGUCGGAGCCGCCGCCGCCGCCGCAACCGCGGGUUCGUGUGUGCAGCACCUGCCGCCGCCUCUUUCACUUCUUCGGGUUGCAGGGGCCUGAGCCAGGUUUUGUACAUCUGUAAGUAGACUUUUUCGGAGCUCUGCCGGCCACCCCCAUGGCGUCCUCAACUACCGUGCCUCUAGGAUUUCACUAUGAAACGAAGUACGUGGUUCUGAGCUACUUGGGACUCCUCUCUCAGGAGAAGCUGCAGGAGCAGCAUGCUUCCUCACUCCAAGGGGUUCAGCAAGAUACAGUUUCACAAUCUCUGGAUCAAGAAGUUUUAUUAAAAGUUAAAACUGAAAUUGAAGAAGAGCUCAAAUCCCUGGACAAAGAAAUUUCUGAAGCCUUUGCCAGCACAGGCUUCGACCGCCACACCUCGCCCGUGUUCAGCCCCGCGAACCCGGACAGCUCCGUGGAGGACUGCCUGGCCCACCUCGGGGAGAAGGCGGCGCAGGAGCUGCGGGCGCCUCUGCUCGGGGCCUUGCAGACGCUGCUCAGCCGGCCAGUGACAUAUCAGGCAUAUCGGGAAUGUACACUGGAGGCCACAGUUCAUGCCAGCGGCUGGAAUAAGAUUUUGGUGCCUCUGAUUUUGCUGCGACAAAUGCUUCUGGAGCUGACGAAACGCGGCCAGGAGCCGCUGGGCGCGCUGCUGCAGUUCGGCGUGACCUUCCUGGAGGACCACGCGGCCGAGUACAUCAUCCAGCAGGGUGGCUGGGGCACCGUCUUUAACCUGGAGUCAGAGGAGGAGUGCCCCGCGGGCGCCGCCGAGGACAGCAACGACAUCUACAUUCUGCCCAGCGACGGCUCCACGCACGUCAGCCCCCCGGAGUCGCCCACCACGGCCACGGCCUCCUGGCAGGCUGAGAGCUUGCCCGUGUCGCUGUCUGCCAGCCAGAGCUGGCACACGGAGAGCCUGCCGGUGUCCCUGGGCCCUGAGUCCUGGCAGCAGGUCACAGUGGACCCCGAGGAGGUCAAGAGCUUGGAUAGCAACGGGGCCGCAGAGAAGAGCGAGAACAACUCCUCCAACUCUGACAUCGUGCACGUGGAGCGGGAGGAGAUCCCCGAGGGCGUGGGGGAGGCGGCCGCGCCGGCCCCUGCCCUGAUGGCGGCCGUCCCCAGGGCCAGUCCCACGACAUCCCUGUUCGUGGAGCUCGGUGAAGAGGAGGCAGAAGCAGCCCCAGCAGAAGCUUCUGAACCGGAGCGGGAGGGGGUCCUGCCCCCCAAGUCGCCAGCGGAGCCCCCCGCAGCCCCGCUGAGUCGGGAGGAGGCCGCUGGGGGGCAGGGGGCGCUCAGGGUAGGGCCCCGCCCAGGCGACCUCGAGAAGGCCGACCCGCUGCCUGAGGGCAAGUCCCUCCUGCUCUUGGGAGGGGCGGCCGCCAUGGCCAUCCUAGCAGUGGCGGUCGGGUUGGCACUGGCUCUGCGGAAGAAAUAGGUUUUCCUCCUCAGGGUCCACCGUGACCUGCUGCCAGGACUCGGGGCCCAGGAGAAAGAAGACGAGGAGGAAGGUUUUAGUGGUCUCGACUGAAUCCGAAUGGGCAGCAGCUGGUUGGACAUCCGCAGGACGCUCUGGGUGAGGGGCUGGGUCAGCAGGGCAGGGGCGGCCCGCCUGUCGGGGCUUGAGGUAGAGGCUGCGCACACAGUCUGCUGGGCGGUCCCUGGCCUGGGUUCCUGUGAGAUUCAGGUCCAGGGUGUAAAGUGCUUCCAAAGCUUGUCUGUGGCAUCUGGGCAACCCGGGCUGUGAGCGCCUGUGCCCCCGAGGGUGCGUAGCCUCCCCUGUGGCCCCCGUAGCACCUUCCCCUUUGGUGACAGCACCCCCCGAUGUUGCCAAACAUCCCUAGGGUAACGCGUCCCGUGAGAGCCUCAGAGGCAGAGGGUUCUCGUGGCCACUUGGGGGGCCAGGCAGGAGGGCUUGGCUGUGGGCCCCUCGGCUGUGGACGCGCUCUGGCCUGGAGCCUCCCCUCUGCCAGGAGCGUGUGCUUUGCGACCCCUCCUCCGGGCUCCUGUUCUUCCCGUCGGUCCCGCAGCCCAAGUGCUCUGCGGUCUCCGCCGCCUCUCAGGUACUGCCCUGCCUUCCCCGCCCGGGUCCCUGCUGGCCCGUGGAGAGGCUUGCCCAAUGCUUCCCUCGGCUCCCCUCAUAAAGAUGCUGCCUGUAGUCUUUUAAAAAGUAAAUAUAAGGCGAGACCCAGGCCCUGCCCGUGACUGGGCAAGUUGUCUCUUGCAGAAGCAGGAGGGUAGCCUGGCCGACCUCCCGAGGUGGCUUCCAGCCCCUCUGUGGGUGGCCGCCUGGCGGGGUGUGUCUCCAGCAGUCACUGUCUGUGGCCUGGGUUAGCCUGGGUUCUGGCCGCAGACUCCUCACUGGUCACACGGCCCCUCUUUGUCUGCUACUUGUAGUAAGAGCUCCCAUGCUGGGCUCCAGCCCAGGGGACAGACUCUUCUUCAGCACAGUCUCCUAAGUACCAUUGAAGUUAAAAAGCAGGAGAGAGGCCACCCCUGAGGCUCCUGCUUGUCCUUCAGAGUCCAGAGUUCGUCGCAGCCCAGAUGCCAGAGCGAUGGCCACGGCAGCUGUGGUCGGCGUGUGCCGGGGACACAGCAUAGCCCCAUGCACCGCCUGCGCCCCGUGUGGCGGGUGGUGGGGGGACUGCAUCUCUCCUCCGGAGGUCGAGUCACUAACAGGACCGUGCCUGAGACGGGUCAUCUCAGAGUUACCUUAGUCGAUGUAACAGGUUACUUUUUAGAUCCUGAAAUUUGUAAUAAAAUUACAUUACCUAUCUUCAUCACCAAAACUUGAUGUUUUAAA